GAAUAAAAAGUUGCGUAUUUUUAUUUUCGUAUUUUUGUAUCAGAUAAUGCGAGCUUAUCACGUGAUCAACUUGAUAUCCGGAUUCCGGACUUGUCGCGAUUCGUUCGUGGUGGGCUUUUGUCCGUACGUGCAGAAUGGCGUUCAACCUAGCCGCUUUUUCAUAUAUUGUGGCGUUAAUCGGCGAUGCGUUUCUAAUAUUUUUCGCAAUAUUUCACGUAAUCACAUUCGACGAGUUAAAGACUGGAUACAAAAAUCCAAUCGAUCAAUGUAAUAACUUAAAUCCGCUUGUUCUACCAGAGUAUAUACUACACGUGGUGAUCAAUCUUUUAUUUUUGAUUAGCGAGCAAUACUUUUCACUAUUUAUCAACAUCCCGCUCAUAGCUUAUCAUGUGUGGCGAUACAUGAACAGGCCUCUGAUGACUGAAUCGGGUCUAUAUGAUCCUACAAGCAUAAUGAAUGCUUAUGACUUGUCCAUGUACCAUAGAGAAGGAUGGAUUAAACUAGCCUUUUACCUUUUGUCAUUUUUUUAUUACCUGUAUGGAAUGAUCAGCUCAUUAAUCAAUUGAAAUGAGCAACUGUCGAUAUCUGUAAAAGAUUUUCCAUUUCUUCUGCAACUGUUUGAUGUGAUGGUUGUUUAUGCUGGAAGUACAAGUUAUUUUCAACUAACUUGUAAUAAUGGAAGUUUUGUAACAAGUAUUAUGGAAAAAGAUUCUUUGACAUCCGUCUAACAUCUAGGUAAACUUUAUAAUACAUACACUCAUAAUAUACACACACAUGCGCGCGCGCAC